UUAACAUUGCGGUGUUAACAAUUACAGCGCUUGGCUUAGUGGUGUGACGCGUCUGGUUUUUGGGUCUCUGUUACAUAAGACCACACAUAAGACUGACUUCUGAUGGUCGUAGGGUCAAUGCCAUGGUACACAACAACGUGAUCCAGAUCGGACUGGACGCUGUCAGGGGAGUGUGCGUCAAUGAUGUACGAGGUGAACAGAAACCAGAGGAGGCACGCAAAGGCAAUGUCACGUAUGGGAUCGACGACACGCCGCCCUGGUACCUCUGUAUAUUCAUGGCUUUACAGCAUUACCUGACGAUGAUUGGGGCCAUUGUCGCGAUCCCGUUCAUCCUCUGCCCGGCUCUCUGCAUGGAGGAAACAGAUCCAGACCGAUCCAAUAUUAUAUCUACUAUGAUAUUUGUCACAGGUUUAAUAACCUGGCUUCAGGCGACCUUCGGCUGUCGACUGCCUAUAGUUCAAGGCGGCACCAUAUCAUUUCUGGUGCCGACGCUCGCGAUACUGAACCUGCCGGCCUGGAAGUGUCCCGAGGAGGAGAUCUUGGUCGCCAUGAGUACCGAAGAACGGCGACAGGUGUGGACGAGUAGGAUGUGUGAACUGUCCGGCGCCAUCGCAGUUGCGGCUUUAUUCCAAUUGUUUUUAGGAUACUUCGGUGUGAUCGGGUCGCUGUUGAGGUUCGUGACCCCGUUGACGAUAGCUCCCACGGUGGCGCUGGUCGGACUCACGCUGUUCGACCACGCAGCGGAAGCCGCGUCGCAGCAAUGGGGCAUCGCAGCUGGCACUUUCAUUCUGCUGACGAUAUUCUCUCAAUGCAUGACCAACGUGAACAUCCCAACUCUGUCCUACAACAGGGACAGUGGUUGCACCGUUGCUUGGUUCCCGCUCUUCAAGCUAUUCCCGGUUUUACUAACAAUAAUAAUCAUGUGGGCAGUCUGUGGCAUCUUGACCGUGACCGGAGUAUUUCCUCCAGAGCAUCCGGCCCGGACCGACCUCAAGGUCAAUAUCAUUGAAGAUGCUCCAUGGUUCAGGAUACCUUAUCCAGGUCAAUGGGGCGCACCGACGGUAAGUGUGGCCGGCGUACUGGGCAUGCUGGCAGGGGUCUUGGCUUGUACAGUGGAGUCUAUAAGCUACUACCCUACAACUGCUCGAAUGUGCGGUGCUCCACCCCCUCCCCUGCACGCCAUCAACCGCGGGCUGGGCACCGAGGGGCUGGGCACGGCGCUGGCCGGGCUCUGGGGCUCCGGGAACGGGACCAACACCUUCGGAGAGAAUGUCGGCGCCAUCGGGGUCACCAAGGUCGGGUCACGGCGCGUGGUGCAAUUCGCCGCCGGCCUCAUGGUGCUGCAGGGGGUCGUGGGCAAGCUGGGAGCCGUGUUCAUCAUCAUCCCGCAGCCCGUAGUCGGCGGCCUCUUCUGCGUUAUGUUCGGAAUGAUAUCGGCCUUCGGUCUCUCAGCACUUCAGUACGUGGACCUGAACAGCUCGAGGAACCUGUACAUCAUAGGGUUCAGCCUGUUCUUCCCGCUGGUCCUGACCCGGUGGAUGGCGGCUCACAGCGGCGUCAUACACACGGGGCUGGAGGCGCUGGACGCGGUGCUCCAAGUGCUGCUGUCCACCUCCAUACUCGUGGGGGGCGCCGUCGGCUGUCUGUUGGACAACGUGAUCCCUGGUACUGAUGAAGAGCGAGGGCUGGCGGCCUGGGCUAAGGAGAUGUCUUUAGAAGCAGCCGGAGCCUCCGACGAUGGAGACACCUAUGACUUUCCCAUCGGCAUGAGCCUGAUACGACGCUGGAAAUGGACUUAUUACCUUCCGUUUAUGCCAACUUAUGAAAAAGGGAAAUUCACAGCGUUGUUCAUAAAGAAGAAAUUGUAAAUAUUAUAUGUAUAAUAAAGAAAUGCGA